AACACAACCAACUGACCCCUACCUACCAGUCAGUGACUCUACCACUCUGUGUGAACCCAGCCUGUGACAAUCUAGCAAAAAGCCGAGAUAGCCCUUUGCCGCCGCGACUUGUGCCAAACCUGGUCCCUUGGCGAAUGUCACAGACAAGCGAGUUUGGGAUAAUAGGAAUUUUAUCAUUUCCUUCGCGCGCAUACUGUACGGUUGAGCACAAAUGACUGCCUCUUAACCGCUUCCACUUACGUGUAUUUUGCAGUACUUCUAGCAGCUAAAACCAGCGGGCCGGUACUUGGUGCUUCACUGCAUACGUCUUGUCACUUUAUGAAAUCUUGUCGGGUAGAUUGCUGGACCUGAAAGUCCUCUUCAUAAUGUAACGAAGUAGCCUCUAAGGGUAGAUUGCACAAAAAUGUAUGUACGUGCCAUAACACUUGUAGAGCUAAAAUCAACCGAGGCGUUAUUGAUCAUCGACUCGGAGCAAGAAUCUGCUCCACGGUGUGCGGUGUGGGUCGUCCUGCGCUGAGUUCGGCGAGUAGAUUCUGUCCAAAGCUGCUCCUUGAGGCGACACCAGAUGAUACGGCGCUAAUUCAUCGGGAUUUUGACAGAAGCAGAAGUAGAGAAACAGGCGUUGGUUUUUGUCGCCCCAGUGAAAUGACGCACAACGGGCAACGGUCACGCCUGUUGCCCGCACCCUUUUUUGCACGGACCACACCCGACGAACCACAGCGGUGCGCCGGGGCAUCUGGACCCUGUCCUUCAUCAUAGACCCACUGUUUCGAAUCUUUCCAUCCCAGGUUCCGGAACAACAUUCUCCCAGAUCAGGCCAUCUGCAGUGUUCGGUCAUUGCGCCAAGCGAAACUUGGCUCCCCAACGCGACUUCUCUAAAAUGAAACGAUCCACCUCCGUCUCACCAAGUGCAUCCUGCCCACGAUGGCCGAUCAGUCAGAGUCCGAUAUUAUCAAAGCAAAUCCUAUUGCAAGCGGUCUUGCUUCUUUUCUAGAUUUGUUUCAAUCAACUUGCAGAGACUCUACCAACAGGUCAGAAGCAGUGGAACAGCUCGAGCUGGAAGACCUCCGAAAUCUCAGUUUCAUUCUUCUUUCGACACUACAAAGCCUUCCGACUGCGCGUUUGCUGCCUGCACCGUCAGGCCGCGGCACUCUCCGCAGUGACCUGCUCCGAUUCCAACUCCAGCUUGAAGAUGACUGUUACCUCGACCGCAUUAAACCUCUUUUGAGAGUAGCCCUUGCCGACAACCCUGACGAUGAAUCGAUUUGGCUUCAAGUUAGGAGUCUUGUCGUCGAAGCCACCCCGCCUCCCCGAACGAUAGCCUCUUCACUUCAACAAACACCCUGGCUGCACAACACGAGCAGUUUUGCGAACUCGUCCGAACACCGCAGAUAUGUUGACGAUAUACUGAAAAGGGAGCUUGGCACUAUGUAUGUCGGGCUUCCCGGCUUUCGACACGCAUAUUUUGGAGGUGUGCAUGGACUUGAGCCAGCAUCCAAGGAGUUCUUCGAUCAGUGCUGCCUCGAUAGUGGCGAUCUUUUUUUUCAAGAUGGCUGGCAGGGAUGGCCCCAGGAUGCCAACGAGAAAAAGGUGCUGGAGUGGCUCGGGGGCUUCAUUGAGAAGCUAUCAGUGUUCGCCAACGCCCAGCGGUCAAACACAACACAUCAGCGAAGGCUUCUAGCAGAACCCAACAAGCCAAUACACGGUUCCACAGCAGAGCGGAAGCUGGAUGUCGGGUUCGUCAACCACGUCAAGGCUGGGAAAGGGUCUCGGUUCCACUGGAAGCAGGUGCUGGUGCCCGGUGAACUCAAGAGCAACCCGUCUGCCGACACAGCUUCCAAGGCGUGGCUCGACCUCGGGAGAUAUGCGAGGGAAGUGCUCGCUGCACAGGACACCCGACGCUUUGUCCUGGGCUUUACGCUCUGUGGGUCUCUCAUGAGAGUGUGGGCAUUUGACCGGCUUGGAGCCAUUGCAUCAGAGCAGUUCGACAUCAACAAAGAUGGGUUGCAGUUCGUGUCCACGGUUCUUGGGUUUCUAUGGAUGGACGAAGAUGCCUUGGGGUUCGAUCCGACGGUCAUGACAUUGAACGGCGAACGCUUUAUUGAGAUUGAGCGGAAUGGUUCCAUGGAGAAGAUUGUAAUUGACGGGAUAAUCCUACGAGCACGCUGUGUGGCUGGCCGGGCUACGACAUGCUGGAAAGCCCACCCUGAAGGACAUCCAGAGACGCUGCUCAUUGUCAAAGAUUCGUGGCAAUACCCUGAACGCAACGAGGAGGGUGAUCUCUUGCGUGAGGUGGCAGACAAAGGGGUUAUAAAUGUCGCCCGUUAUUAUCACCACGAAACGGUUCAUGUCCACGAGGCAAACGAUGAUGUCUGGAACAACAUUCGUCACGGACUAGAUAUCACUACAGCAACAAACUACCGUCCAGGACGCCAAUUACCAACGAGCAACGUGUCAAAGGAUGUUCCUCGACAGGGCCGCAGUAGCACCAACAAGAAGCGUCUGUCCAGCCAAACUGAUUCUGCUUUGCCUUUAAGCAAGCGGUCCUGCUCUGUAUCUCCAACAAAGGCCUCUAGUGCACCGUCAAAUCGGGUUCAUCUACGUAUCAUUACCCGGGAUCGCGGCGAGCCCAUCUACAAGGCGAGCUCUCGAUCAGCGCUGCUUGCUGCCCUGGUAGGCUGUAUUAAGGGUCAUGAGUCUUUGCACGAGGCGGGCAUCCUCCACAGAGACAUCUCCAUCAACAAUCUCAUGAUCAACGAGGACAGUAGCAAUCCAUCCUGGCCUGCAUUCUUGAUCGACCUUGACCUCGCCAUUCGGGAGCAACGUGAGGGUGCUUCGGGUGCCAAGGGCAAGACGGGCACGCGGGCUUUCAUGGCUAUUGGGGCGCUGCUGGGCGAGCAGCACUCGUUCAUGCAUGACCUCGAGUCGUUCUUCUGGGUGCUGUUCUGGAUAUGUAUCCAUUACGACGAGAACGGCAAGGACAUUGGUCCCACUGAAUUUGACAGCUGGAAUUACGAGAGUGACAACAAGUUGAUUCUAUCAAAAGUUGGUACGGUUGGUGAUGAGAGUCUCUUUCUCAAGAUUGCAGCAGAUUGUUUCACACCGUACUAUCAACCAUUGAUUAUAUGGGUCAACAAGCUGCGGAAAGGGGUGUUUCCAAGUGGUGAGAGGUGGAAAAGGCCGGAGCCUGGGCUCUACUCUUCAAUGAUAAAUAUUCUUCACGACGCGCAGCUGGAUUCAAAAGUUACGGCGGGCGGAUAAUGCUGUACAAUGUAGCUACUGAUUGCCUAGAAGCAAGUUGACCUGCUGUCAAUUCACAGAGUCAAAAGUCUUCCGGAUGCGAUAUGGGCCAACUGCCCAUGCAGCCGCCGCGAAGCUUCGCGGCAGCCCACACCCGGGCCUGCGGGCGUAAAAUAU